AUCAGUAGAGUAGAGUGAGAGAAAGAGUGGGGACCCGCAAUACAUUUGACGUCACUGAUUUAGGGCCGCCAAGAUGGCUGUCAAUGUUGAUAAGUGUUUUGGUUACUCGUAUAAUAAUUCGCGAUAAGAAUAAUCCCACGGUCCCGUACAAUCGAACGGGGCUCGAUAGCUCCGUUCGCACGCGGACAAAUAUCAACGAAUCAUUCAUAAACAAAAUAAAUAGUGGUGUGCGCCUACAAAAUAAAUCGAGAGGGAGAGAGCAUGGCGGACACCGAGGAUGCAGAAGAAGAGAUACGACGUGCCCUUUACGUCGUACAAUCGAUGAUUGAUAUAUCGGCCGAUCGUCUGGAGGGCCUAAGAACACAGUGCUCAACCAGUGCUGUUCUUACUCAACAAGAAAUUCGAACUCUCGAGGGAAAAUUAAUCAAAUUAUAUUCGAAGCAACUAGUGACGAAAGCUAAGCUGCCUGUAGACUCUUUACCAGCCGAGAUGAGACAAUAUCCAUCGAUUCAACAAUGGCUGAGAGUAGUGGGUUUGACGCCGGAAUCCAUACAAAUGGUAUGCGCUAAAAUAGUUUCGUUAGAAAUUCUGAAGGAAAAAUCUGAGCAUGAAUUGAGCGGUAUCCUUGGAGAAAAUAAUGAACGUCAUGCCGAGGAGCUCAGAAGGCUUUGUCGUGCUUUGCACAAUUUGCGACGAUAUAUCGAUGUGUUACUGCGAGAUGAUAUGGAAAAUAGCGACAUGAAUUUAUACUGGGACUCUUGGGAUCGUCAUCAUCUUCGAAGCGGUCCAUCACCGCGUCCAGUAAGAUCACGAGUGACUCGAGUUUCAGUGCCCACGGAAGAUAGCAUUCCGUAUCAAAACAACAACAACAAUAAUUCGAAUAGCGAGACUUUGGGUCAAGCAUCUUCGAUAAUAUGUCUGGCAGCCUCUAGCCCGCCGUUGACACCAUUGCUUGGUAGACAAGAACGAACACCGGGUGUUAAACUUCCAACGACACCUCCACCCAGUAAAAGACACCAAACCGGUUUGCACACUAAUUCGACACAACCCGAAGUAUUUCCUCUCACUAAAUCAAAAUCCCACGAAUCUCAAUUGGCGAAUCGUUUGGAAAAUGGUGAUCCAGCUGCAAGCUGCCCCAAUGAACAUCUGCAAACUCGUAGACGAAGUCGUUUACCAACGGAGCCAGGUUCUUGCAGCAGCAACGCCGACAUAACCACCGAAAGUCUUAUGCCAAACACGAAUAGUCCCAUUAAAUCGCCGCCGUAUUCGAGCGCCGAAAGUGACGAUAACAGCUACAAGGGAUCAGUGAGUAGCAGUCUACAAGUGCCAAAGUCUCCACGUACGCCAACGGUGACGCGUGGCAUGGGUCACAUAAUAGCACAUCGUUUCACAAAAACUUUUAAAAUGAUGACAACGUGUGACUAUUGCGAUAAACAAAUGUUCAUCGGUACAGGAUUAAAAUGUACCGAGUGCAAGUACAAGUGUCACAGAGACUGCGAAUCUAAAGUACCACCUUCUUGUGGCUUACCUCAGGAAUUAUUCGACGAGUUUAAGAGAACUUUACAAGCAGAUGGAAUGAUCAACGCUUCACCCGUACUCAGCAAACUGGGAAUCACGUCACCGAAUCAUCAUAAUCCCAGCAUCCUUAACUCCAUGAAUCAAAGAGAUCGCAGAUACCGUACUUAUCCUCAUCCAGCUAUUAAUGUGCCGUUCCCGGGUGCGGACUCUAGUUCAAAUACUUCGAGCUGCAACAGCUCAACGCCUUCUAGUCCAGCAUUGCUACCAGGCAACACAACCCAAACGCAUCAGGCAACAACCAAACAACAAUUCCAUUUUCCAGACGUAACGCUUAAUGAUAGAGGCAUCAUGUUGGGGAAUCAUCAACUCGAGGGCACAACAAUGUCAAGUGACAGCGAUCGUACCGUGAGUAUUUCCGGUUCAGGAAGUGUGAGCACAGAUUCCGAACGCACACCCGUGAGAGUGGAUUCUCAGGACUCCCAGGUUUCGGACGGUGAGCCGGGCGAUAGUCGAUGGCCUCGACAAAAUAGCUUGUCUAUGAGAGAAUGGGACAUUCCAUAUGACGAAUUAAAGAUCGGUGAACCAAUCGGUAUUGGACGAUUUGGUACAGUAUAUCGUGGCAAUUGGCACGGUGACGUAGCUAUAAAAGUACUAAACAUGGAUGAUUAUCUUGACGAUGACAAAACUCUCGAGGCUUUCAAGUUAGAGGUUGCAACAUUCCGAAAAACGAGACACGAAAAUCUAGUUUUAUUUAUGGGGGCUUGUAUGAAACCUCCGCGAUUGGCGAUUGUCACAAGCAUGAGUAAAGGCAUGACACUCUACACUCACAUUCAUCUGCUCAAAGAUAAAUUUUAUAUGAACAAAACGACCAUUAUUGCCCAACAGAUCUCUCAGGGAAUGGGGUACCUCCACGCGCGUGGAAUUAUUCACAAAGAUCUGAAGAGCAAAAAUAUCUUUCUCGAAAAUGGUAAGGUCGUUAUAACCGAUUUCGGCCUUUUCAGCGUUACAAAACUUUGCUACGGUAACAGAAAGGGAAACGGUUUGAGCAUUCCACCCGGUUGGUUAUGUUACCUUGCACCGGAAAUUGUGCGACGUCUUCGACCUCAACAAAAUCGUGAUCAAGAAGAAUUGCCCUUCUCAGAGUCUUCGGAUGUUUAUGCCUUUGGUACCGUUUGGUACGAGUUGCUUUGCGGCGAAUGGCCGUUUAAAGGACAACCACCCGAAGCCAUUAUUUGGCAGGUUGGGAAAGGAAUGAAGCAGACACUCGCGAAUCUUGAGGCAUCGCGUGACGUCAAGGAUAUAUUGAUGUUAUGUUGGUCUUAUCGGCCGGAAAAUCGUCCUGACUUCACAAAGUUACUGGACACGCUCGAAAAGCUGCCUCGCAAACGUUUAGCACGUAGCCCAUCGCAUCCUAUACAUCUUUCGCGCUCCGCCGAAUCCGUAUUUUAAAAAAUAAUAAAAACCGCGUAAAAACGAAAAAAAAAUGAUUACACGGGCGUUGACGUUUUUAAAACAGAAAUAAAAAACAUAAUAUCGAUUGACGAUUUUCCGAGAGGUGAUGCGAACAAAUUCGAGAGGAUAGGAAGAAAAAUUUUUGAUCGAUCAUCUUUAUUAACUCUUCUAUUUAAUAAUCUUGGUUUUUCUCGAAGUCGUUGGGUCUGUACGCUCCUGUAAAUAAGCAUUUUCAAAUAACGAAAAAAUAUGACGAAAAACGGAACAUUCGUAAGUUUCGAUAUAACGAAGAAGUAAUAAUAAUAAUUAUAAUCAAAUGACAAUUAUAACGGAGUGUCCUUAUCAAUCAAAGAUUAAAUCCAUGUGGCACGUUAGUUGAACGAGAAGAACGACAUCAAUGAAGAGAUAACUGACGAAGAUUUUAGAAUCCAAUAUUUAAGGAUACAUUGUGCACCUAGAAGUGAGAAAAUCAUUGGAAGCAUUUUUUUUUUGGAAAUCGAAGCAAUCGGAUAAGGAGUUUUCAUGACCGGAACCUUAACAUUUCGCGAAAUAUUUCCAACGGUUUUCAUACGAAAAGUGGCCAACAACAGAACCAACGGUUUCAUAAAUAGUCUACCGUUUCAAAAUUCCGUUCAAGAAGAAUUUCGGAAACGACUCGACCGCUUUUUUAGAAAUUUCUCAUAAUCAUUCCACAUUUAACUAUAUUAACCUAUAUCGAAUACUUUUUUAUGGCUAGUUUUUUUUUCAUUACAAUAGAUUGGAACAUAGUAUCCUUGUAAUUGUCAUCCAUUUGUUUAAAAGUAAACCAUGUUGUCAAAAAUCAAAUUUAUUGGUAUUGGCUCUGAACCAUCGGACAUUAGCGCGGUGUUUAGAAUCUAGCUCUCCUGUUAUAGCUAUACUCAUCGUUUUAACCCUUUUUCUAAGAAAAAAGCUUCAUGACGACAACCUUAUUUCUUAUAAAACGAAAUUGUAAACCUCUUUUUAAAUGAUUAAAAAGCAUUCCAUGCCAUUUCGCUUAACUGUGAUCUCCGCGGCCAUUCUUUAUUUUUUUGAAAAUUAUUUAUAAACUAGUACAUAACAAAAAGAAUAUACAAACGGAAUUUCUAAUUCUUCAUCUCAAGUCUUUCAAAAUUUAUAAUUUUCCGAAAAAAAAAAGCACAAAUUGGUUUGGGUUAUUCCUUUAUAUAAAUACGAUUUUAUAUAGAAAUUUCAAGAAUUUCAAUGGCCAGGGUCACGGUUGAGCGAGAUGGCGUAGAACAUCUCAUAUUUACAUCCGAAAGAAACUUUCAUCCGAUUACUCCAAUAGUUUUUCGAAAAAAAUUUGCUGUUUUAUAUUUUUCAAAUCUUCCAGAUCUAUGUGUUCUCUGAACGCAAAUUGAAUAUCAAAAAUAAAAACAUCGAUGUCAAAAGAACCUGCACUGAAACGAGACAAAAAAAAAGGGAAUUUUGUAAAAUAUCGAGUUGCAUUGUGUUUACCACGAAAAGUAUUGAUAGAGUAUUAAAAAUCAUCAAACAAACAAAUAAUUAAUAGUGAAAAAGAAAGCAGUGUUAUGCAAUCCGAAGAAAAUAAUUUUUCACGAUAAAAUUCAACUAAGUAAAUUAUGCCUAUCCCGAUAAUAUAGUAGUCGAAUAAUUAUUAUUUAAUAAGAUGAAAAAAAAAUCAUUAUAAUUAAAAAUCCGCGGUCCUGUUACUUUUGAAUCGUACGCUAACUAAUAACGCGCCCCCGUGCGAUUUUUUCAUAACCAUUAUACGUGCAAGUACUAGUCAUUCUCAAAAAGAAAAGAAAUGAAAAUCGAUCAACUCAUACGUUUUCACUAACAGCCGUUAAAGAAAUACGGAAAAUUCACCGUUGCCGUAAGAAACACGACAGACUAUGAGGAGAAAAGGGGGUCAGAGAAUUAUUAGAUUUAUUAUCGAUCUCGGGAAUAGAAACUAUAUUUCGUCCUAAGCGGUAUUAUCCCCUUCCCCCAUUAUUUUUAGGCAAGCAACGAGUUGACCGCGAACGAUCUCAUAGCAAAUAUUGUACAUUAUUUAAUAAUUAACCGAUUAACAAAAGAAAAUGGUUUUAAAAAUUUUGUGACUCGAAGUACUCGGGCUAACGAUGUCUCGUUCAUUUCAGCGUCAAUUUGUUAACCCGAAACAUCGAGGAGAUUCUCUGAAUGGUUAAAAUGUAUGGAGAAACAAAUGAUGAAUCUAACCAUAAAGUCAUAAUUAUUUGAAGAAAGGCGAAUUUACUGUCGACUAACAAAAGUCACAAACUUUUAAUCUUGUAAUUAUAAUAGUUGGCAAGCCACGUCUGACGCAAAGAAAAAUAAUGUUUUAAUCAAUAUAAAUCGUUGUUAAAGAAAAAUUCUGCGCACUUCGAAGAUUCGUAUCGAUGAGUUAUAACUCGGCAAAGAGUAAACAUAGAAUGAAGUGAAAAAAAAAAUUAUGAAUAAAAAUUGACAAGAGGUGGUAAAUCGCGAGAGAAAAAUGCAAAAAAAAAUAAAGAAAAAAAGAAAAAUUCUAUCGGUUUUAAUGUAAAUCUGUCCUCGUUAAUGUACCAAUUUUCUGAAAAUUUAGAUUCGCGUUACCUUGUAUUGGUGUUAAUAAAAAUACAUAUGUAAUACGAAUGAAAACAAGAGUUCUGAAAACAA